CGCGGCCUUCCUGUCCCUCCUGCGCGUCGGAUGGGCCGUGGCCAGCAUCGCGACGUGGAUCAACUCCUCGAGCGGGGCAGUCUAUAAGCCACUGGAUUUCUCGCCAUGGUAUACCAAGCAGCUGGUGAAGAAAGCGGCGCUGCGGUGGCAGUUUCACAAGGUUGCGGACGAGGUCGGCAGCCUGCGGCAUAGGCAUUUCGAAUGUGCACAUCACUGGCCGCAACCGCAGCUGCCAGCAGCUAUUGAGAUGCCCAAGCGGCAGGCCGAUCACCCGAACAUCAUCGCGCUCGUCGAGAGGCUGCUGAUGGUCAGGCCCAAGGUGGUAUGGCAAGCGCCCCAGGACGAGCUGAUGUCAGGUGUGCGCUGGCUACUUGGCAACGGUGGCGAGCCCUUCCACGACGCCGAGCUUUCCACGUACGGGCCGGCGUUCGACCGCGACACGGACUACGGCGCGGCAGGAUGCGCA